AUGAAGUCAUAUCUUGCUCUCAUGCUGCCACUGGCUCUCGGCGUGCUCUCGCAGCAGCCCCUUUGCCCUGGAGGGCUGUACGGCAACGCCCUCUGCUGCGACACCGACGUCCUCGGUGUUGUAGACAUUGACUGCACCGUUCCGAAUACGCUCCCGACAUCAGCCGACAACUUCCGCGAGGUUUGCGCCUCAAACGGCAAGACGGCGCGCUGCUGCGCCCUCCCGGUUCUGGAGCAGGGCAUUCUCUGCCAGGGCCUUGGGCCGUACUAG